AUGCCGAUAAGCCUGCGCCGGCGCACCCGCCGCCCCUCGCCUGAGCCUGCGCCAGCGCCGUCGCUCGGCGCACUCAGCCUGCCGGACCUAACCGCGCCAUUGGUCGAUACGGACCACUGGCCGCCGCCCGUGCCGCCCGUCCCGAGCGGACAUGUGCGCGGAGGUUCCGGAGGUGGCGGGGGCGAGAGGGGCAUGCCCGGCAUGGUCGGGCUGGGCAUCAGCGCGACAGGACGCAGGGACAGCGGCAGCGCAAGCCUCAGCACCAGCGUGCCCAAGGACGCACGCCUGAAUGGCCAGCAAAGCUCAUUCGGUAAGCCCGGGGUUGGGAACCCGUGGGGCGCGAAGCGGUGGACGCAGAGCGCGACUAGCAUGCACGGGCGGAGUGGGAGUGGAGACCGCGGAGGCCGAAGCGGAGGGGGCCACAGCCGACACGGCAGCGGUAGCACCGUGACUGGUGGCCACGGACACCAGCGGCAAGGAAGUAGUAGUAGCGGCUACAGAGAACACCGCGAGUGCGGAGGAGCCGGGUACGGACCAGCAGUGUACGGUACCUGCGGCGGCCCAGGGGGUGGGUGCGGCGUGCCGCCCGUCCCGCCCCUGCCGGGCGUGGUGCCGGAGAGUGUGGCGUCUUGCUCUGCGCGCGACUCGCAGUCGACGAUCAACCUCUCCGGUAUCCCAGGGAUGGGCGAGAGCACCACCACCCUGCCCUUCGGCGACAGUACCCUCUCCCCCUACUCGGCCUACGGGUACGGCGCGUACGGCGGGUCGCAGACGUUUCCCCGCUCUCCCACAUUAGGAUCAAGUACUUACCCAUCUGCAGAGAGUCUCAGUCUUUUGUCCAAAUCACGCGCCAGUCAACAGCAACAGCAACAGCAACAGCAACAGCAAAACCUCCCGUCGUCCCCCAGGGGAGGGCGCGCUCCAAGCCUCGUGAAGGAUGUGAAUGGCGCAAGCCCCGAAUUUCACCGACCGUUUGCACAGAAUGUCGUCUCCCCGCCCAAGAUCCCCACCGCCCUGCCUGGCACCGUUAGCGCGAGGAAGAGGGCGCAGAAGCGCGUUGCCGCGCUCACCAUCAUGGUCGCCGGCCCGACAGGGAGUGGCAAGACCUCCUUCAUCGAAGCCCUCACGUCCGUGCUGGACCCGAAUCGACGCCGCCUCGCCGUGCGCAUGGGCCCCACAACCAGUGUGGUCCGGCACGAAGUGGUGGGCACGUCGGACCGCGUGCGCCGCCACUUUGUGAUUCUCGACACGCCCGGUCUGCCCAGUAACGACAUGGUCACGACGCCGAUACGCGGCAAGGCGCUGAAUGCCCUGAUUGCCAUUCUGGAGGAGAGGCAGGCACGCCUGCUCGAUGAGGAGACCAAGGUCGUUAGGCGGAAGAGCGACGGAGGCGAAUUGGUUCAUCUGGUCAUCUACGUCAUCGACGCACGCACGAUUCUCACCCCGCUCGCCAAGGUCGACAUUGACUGGGACACAGUCCAGGAGCCCCCGCCCUGCGGGCCUAGUACGCGGCCAGAGUCGGAGCUCCUCGAGGCGGACCCCACAGGGGUCGACGCGAGGCUGCAUCUGGACGACAUUGAAGCGAUCCGGCGCUUCUCUGCGCGCGCCAACGUGCUGCCGAUCCUCACGCACGUCGACGCCUUGACUACCGGGGAGCUCUUCGCCGUGCGCCUCGCCGUGAAGCGCGAUCUGGCGACCGUCUUCGGCAAAGACCCCCUGGGGGGCUGGGGCGUGCUGACGGCCGGGCAGGAUUUCGAGCCCUUCGAGCCCGGGUCCGAGACGCCGCCGCCGUUCUCCUCCGAACUCGCGUCUGUGUCCGAGGACGCGGACGCGGACGCGGACGCGGACGAUGGGUCGAGUACCGAGGGCGAGGAGAACGAGGGGGGUAGAUUGGAGCUGCCCUACGGUGUGUUCAGCCCCGAGCCUGGGCUCGGGUUCAACCGCAAGUUUAGGUGGGGCAAGGCGAACGCGAGCAACUACAAGCACUCGGAUCUGCCGCAUGUUCGCGAUGGCAUCAUUCAGGCGACCGAGUGGCUGAGGACGAGCACGAGGGAGGUCGUGUAUGAGCGCUUCAGGACCGAGAGGCUGUUGAAUGCCAAGGGCGUCAAGUCGCUGCGCAUCUAG